AUGGAAAAAGAAAAUUUUACAUUUAUGACAGAGUUUUUUCUGGUGGGGCUUUCUAAUUACCCAUCACUCCAGAUGCUUCUUUAUGUGCUCUGCCUGUUGAUGUACUUGGUGAUUCUUCUGGGAAACAGUUUUCUCAUUAUCAUCAGUAUCCUGGAUCCCCACCUGCAUAAUCCUAUGUAUUUUUUUCUUGGGAAUCUUUCCUUUCUGGACAUCUGCUACACAUCCUCCUCUAUCCCUCAAAUGCUAGUUAGCUUUACAUCUGAAAGAAAAUCCAUCACUCUCAUUGGAUGUGCCCUGCAGUUGGUCAUUUCCCUUGGACUUGGGUCCAUAGAAUGUCUGUUGAUGGCAGUAAUGGCUUUUGACCAAUAUGUAGCCAUCUGCAAUCCCCUAAGAUACACCAUCAUCAUGAACAAAGGACUCUGUGUGCAGAUGGCUGCUUGGACCUGGAUUAUAGGAUUUCUGAAUUCUCUGAUACAAUCCGUGCUUGCCCUAAAAAUGCCCUUUUGUGAGAUCAUAAUUGACCACCUUGCCUGUGAAAUUCUUGCUGUUCUCAAACUUGUCUGUGUAGACAUCUCCCUCAAUGUAUUUAUUAUGAUAAUUGCAAGCAUUGUUCUUUUAAUCACUCCUCUGCUGCUUAUUUUCUUCUCUUAUGUGUUUAUCAUCUCAACUAUCCUAAGAAUUAAAUCUACUGAAGGAAGGCAAAAGGCCUUUUCCACUUGUUCAGCCCACCUGACAGUAGUAAUCUUGUUCUAUGGUUCUGCUCUUUUCAUGUACAUGAAGCCCAAGUCAAAAGACACUAAGCUUUUUGAUGAACUUUUUGGGUUGUCUUAUUAG